AUGCUGUCCCUGUCCCGCUGCGCGUCCCGGGCGUUCAGCCGCUCGCUCUCCGCCUUCCAGAAGGGGAACUGCCCUCUAGGGAGACGUUCCCUGCCCGGGAUCUCCUUAUGUCAGGGACCAGGUUACCCUGACAGCAGGAAGACUGUCAUUAACAGCAGUAAUAUCUUCAGCGUUCGCUUCUUUAGAACUACAGCUGUGUGCAAGGAUGAUGUGAUUACAGUCAAAACCCCAGCGUUUGCAGAAUCUGUCACAGAGGGGGAUGUCAGGUGGGAGAAAGCUGUUGGAGACACAGUUGCAGAAGAUGAAGUGGUUUGUGAGAUUGAAACUGACAAGACCUCUGUGCAGGUUCCAUCACCAGCAAAUGGCGUGAUUGAAGCUCUUUUGGUACCUGAUGGGGGAAAAGUAGAAGGAGGCACUCCUCUUUUCACACUCAGGAAAACUGGCGCUGCUCCUGCUAAGGCCAAGCCAGCCGCAGCCCCUGCUGCCGCAGCCCCAAAAGCAGAACCCGCAGUGUCUGCAGUUCCUCCUCCCCCUGCAGCAUCUGUACCCACCCAGAUGCCACCUGUGCCCUCACCCUCACAGCCUCUCACUAGCAAGCCAGUGUCUGCUGUAAAACCCACUGCUGCCCCUCCAAGAGCUGAGGCAGGAGCUGGUAUAGGUCUGCGUUCAGAACAUCGGGAGAAAAUGAACAGGAUGCGGCAGCGCAUCGCUCAGCGUCUGAAGGAGGCUCAGAACACCUGUGCGAUGCUCACCACUUUCAAUGAGAUUGACAUGAGUAACAUCCAGGAGAUGCGGGCUCGGCACAAAGAUGCUUUUCUGAAGAAACAUAACCUCAAACUAGGCUUCAUGUCGGCAUUUGUGAAGGCCUCAGCCUUUGCCUUGCAGGAGCAGCCUGUGGUAAAUGCAGUGAUUGACGAUGCAACCAAAGAGGUGGUGUAUAGGGAUUAUAUUGACAUCAGCGUUGCGGUGGCCACCCCUCGGGGUCUGGUGGUUCCCGUCAUCAGGAAUGUGGAAACGAUGAAUUAUGCCGAUAUUGAGCGAACCAUCAGUGAACUGGGAGAGAAGGCCCGGAAGAAUGAACUUGCCAUCGAAGAUAUGGAUGGUGGUACUUUUACCAUCAGCAAUGGAGGUGUUUUCGGCUCGCUCUUUGGAACGCCCAUCAUCAACCCCCCUCAGUCUGCCAUCCUAGGCAUGCAUGCCAUCGUUGAUAGGCCAGUGGUUGUGGGAGGCAAGGUGGAGGUGCGGCCCAUGAUGUACGUGGCCCUGACGUAUGAUCACCGGCUGAUCGACGGCAGAGAGGCUGUGACUUUCCUCCGCAAAAUCAAGGCGGCGGUAGAGGAUCCCAGAGUCCUCCUACUGGACCUUUAG